AUGGCCACAUCUAAAAAAAAGACCAGGAAGCUUAGAGGACACGUGAGCCAUGGACAUGGUCGUAUUGGUAAACACCGCAAGCAUCCCGGUGGUCGUGGUAAUGCCGGUGGUGAACAUCACCACAGAAUCAAUAUGGAUAAAUAUCACCCUGGAUAUUUUGGCAAGCUUGGUAUGAGGAACUACCAUUUGAGGCGGAAUAAGGACUUUUGUCCUGUUUUGAACUUGGACAAGCUGUGGACUUUAGUUUCAGAGCAGACCAGGCUUAAAUAUGCCAAUGCCUCUGAUGGUAAGGUGCCUGUUAUCAACAUUGUCAAGGCUGGUUACUACAAAUUGCUGGGCAAAGGCAAACUUCCAAAGCAGCCUGUGAUUGUCAAAGCAAAAUUCUUCUCUAAGACUGCUGAGAAGAAAAUUAAAGAUGUUGGUGGGGUGUGCGUAUUGUCUGCG